AUGGAGGUGGCCACUGCGCGGGAGGUGGCCUCAGGCUCCCACGCACAGGUGGACGAAAUGCGCCCAGUGGAUGCUGAAGGACCCCAGGCUUCGCCCCAGCGGGAGGUGGGCGGCCAGUCUCGGCAGCUCCAGCUUGCUAUGGAAGAGCACCCCAAGAUCUGGCUACCUCGGGCCCUGAGGCAGACCUACAUCCGGAAGGUUGGGGAAACAGUGAACCUACUGAUACCAUUCCAGGGCAAGCCCAAACCGCAGGCCACCUGGACUCACAAUGGCUGUGCCCUGGAUGCUAGUCGCGUGAGUGUGCGCAAUGGGGAGCAAGACUCCAUCCUCUUCAUCAGAGAAGCCCAGCGUGCUGACUCUGGACGCUACCAGCUCCGUGUGCAGCUAGGUGGACUGGAGGCCACUGCCACUAUCGAUAUCCUGGUGAUUGAGAGGCCAGGCCCUCCUCGGAGUAUUAAGUUGGUGGAUGUUUGGGGCUCUAAUGCCACCCUGGAAUGGACACCUCCCCAAGAUACGGGCAAUACGGCACUCCUGGGAUACACGGUGCAGAAGGCUGACACAAAAUCUGGGUUGUGGUUCACGGUGCUGGAGCAUCAUCACCGCACCAGUUGCAUCGUCUCGGACCUGGUUGUUGGCAACUCCUACGCCUUCCGCGUCUUUGCUGAAAACCAGUGUGGGCUCAGCGAAACGGCAGCUGUCACUGCCGACCUUGCCCACAUCCAGAAAGCAGCUGCUGUUUACAAGACCAAGGGAUUUGCCCAGCGAGACUUCUCGGAAGCCCCCAAGUUCACACAGCCUCUGGCCGACUGCACGACCAUCACCGGCUAUGACACCCAGCUCUUCUGCUGCGUCCGCGCCUCUCCCAAGCCCAAGAUCAUUUGGCUGAAGAACAAAAUAGACAUCCAAGGUAACCCCAAGUAUAGAGCCCUCAGUCACCUGGGGGUCUGCUCCCUGGAAAUCCGCAAGCCUGGUCCCUUCGACGGAGGCAUCUACACCUGCAAGGCGAUUAAUGCCCUGGGGGAGGCAUCCGUGGACUGUCGGGUAGAUGUGAAAGCUCCUAAUUGAGGCUACUUAAAGAGACCAUGACAC